AGUUCAAAUGUCCCUGUCAGUUGUCAAAAUUUUGAAAAUCUAAUUCCGUAAAUAAAAAAUAAUGGUAACUAUGGAAAAUAAGUUGAAAAAAUACGAGAAAAUCGAAUUUCUUGGUGAAGGUCAGUUCGCAACAGUUUAUAAAGCCAGAGAUGUAGACACCGAUAAUAUAGUGGCGGUAAAAAAGAUUAAAAUAGGAAGCCGACAGGAGGCUCAAGACGGUAUAAAUCGAACCGCUCUUAGAGAAAUCAAAUUAUUACAAGAAUUACACCAUAUUAAUAUAAUAGGGCUUCUAGAUGUAUUCGGUCACAUGUCUAACGUAUCGCUGGUAUUCGAUUUUAUGGAUACGGAUCUAGAAGUAGUUAUUAAAGACAAUACAAUCAUAUUAACUACAGCUAAUAUUAAGUCGUAUAUAUUACAAACUCUUCACGGCUUAGAAUAUCUUCAUUUAAAUUGGGUUCUCCAUAGAGAUUUAAAACCGAAUAAUUUAUUAGUUAAUUCUAGCGGAGUUUUAAAAAUAGGAGAUUUUGGUUUAGCGAAAUUGUAUGGGUCUCCUAAUAGGAUAAAUACUCAUCAAGUAGUUACUAGGUGGUAUCGAGCACCAGAACUUCUUUUUGGUGCUAAACAAUACAGUACUUGUGUCGAUAUGUGGGCUGUGGGGUGUAUCUUAGCGGAAUUGUUACUUCGAGUACCGAUAUUUCCUGGCGAAUCAGAUAUCGAUCAGUUAACGAAAAUUUUCGACGUAUUUGGUAAUCCGACCGAGGAAAAUUGGCCGGGUAUGAAAACGUUAUCAGAUUAUAUAGAAUUUAAACCGUUCAAUCAGAUACCUUUGAAGAUGAUAUUUACAGCUGCCGGUGAUGAUUUGUUGGAUUUAAUUCAGGGGUUGUUGGUUUUGAAUCCGAUUAAGAGAAAAAGUUGUACGGAAUGUUUACAGAUGCCGUUUUUUAGUAAUAAACCAGCUCCUACGGUCGGUUCUAAGUUACCUCUACCUCAGAGCUUGAGGAAAACCAGAGAUCCUGAUAAACCGUCUUUAAAAAGGAAGUUAAUGGAUUCCGCGGAAGGCGGAAGCUUAUCAAAACGAUUAUUUUUUUGAUUAAAUUUAAAUGAUUUUCAUUUUGUAUUUAUACAUUUUUUUUUAUUAAAUAUACUUUUCCGGGGAAAAA